AUGGUUUCUUCAGGCAGUGUCUUCUCUGCUACUCUACAGGAGAUCACCAACACCAAGCUCGACGAGCUCUCCAAGAGACGUUCCCGCUUUGAGGAGGCAAAGGCUUCCAUUCUUGCCUCUAUCCAGGUCGAGGAUGAUGCCGUCAAGCGUGUCAUCACCUUGAGUGAUGGCGUGAAGAAGUGCUUCGACAUCAAGCUCGACAAGGCUGGCAAGGUCAUAACCGAGCAGACGGGGCACGAAGCACUAGAGAUUGAGCUCAAGAAUCUCGAUCGCUUCCUCGACCAGGCGAAAUGUGACCCGUCAAUCUCCUCAAAGAUGUUGGAUGCCUGGCAGCAGUCCCUCAUUCGUCACUUGAACAUGCAGUCCCUUCAAUUCCAGUACGCUGCUUUGUACGCACAGCUUGUCACUGAGUGGCUGUCGGGUGAUGAAGAAGAGGAGGGUGCUGCUGGUGAUGACGUUGAGAUGGGUGAACCCUUUGAGGAUGUUGGUAGCGCCGCCAAAUUGGAGUCUAGGAUGAAAUGGGAGGGCGUGGCGUUUGAGGCAGCUGAUGUUGACGAGACUGCACUGAAGCAGUAUCUGGAUCACCUUUUUGGCGUUGACAACAAGCACAAAAAAGACGUUGCCAGUGCCUUGAAGAAACUCCGCAGGGCUGUAUAUGCGUUCGAGGCGAAGUUGUCGACUCCCAACCAGUUCGGCGUGCAGACCUUGGGAUGGGUCAUUAGAGGACUCCUAUCGUCUGACCUUCUCUCCGACGAGAAGCGAGAGGUUCUCAGAGACUUCCAGGGCAAUCACGUCAUCCUCAAGGAGAUCGCUGAUGUCCUCGACAUGCGCAUCAGCGCCCUGGGUUCAUGGAACUGGAGCUCUGACGCGGUUCCCCUCGAGAUGAGACGAAAGAUCAGCGGCAUCUACAAUGUUCACCUUCAGGAGGAUCUCCUCAACGCCAUCUUCCUCCAGUAUAUCGGUGUCAAGUGGAGUGUCUUCUUCAAAGAUGCCUUUCAGGACUUUCGUCGCUGCGAGAAUGCCUGGAAGUCUACGCGUGCCGAUAUUCCCAAGAUCGACAAACGCAGACUCGGCUACUACCUCGGUCCGCUCUCUGAUUCUCCAUCGCUGCAGUCUGCCAGGACCAAGAUUUACAACUCCAAGUUUUUCAUGACUGGGCUCAUGGACAACCAGCUCCAGGGAACGGAUGUUGCAGAGGGUGAAGAGGAGGCAGAGUACGAGAGUUUUUCGGCUGUCAGUCUCAAGAGAAAGAUGACUGCCAGGGCUACAACGGGAGCCAAGCGACACCGGCAGUUGGCGAGCAAAGCUUGUCGCAAGUCGGCGCCUUCGACUGGCGGAGUGCGGAUGCCUUCAGACAGCGAGGACGACGAUGAUGAUGAUGACGAUGACAGUUUCGAUGAUGAUGAGGAUGAUGAGGACGAUGACUCAGUGGGAGAGAGAAACCCAAUGACUCUCAAGCAAGAUCUGUUGCACCUACUGUCAACGGAGAUCAACAUCAACACGCAGCUCUACGGUGAACUGACGGCCUUUCACUCUGUCUUUGACAACUGGAACUCCCUCCUCCCGCACCAGACUGUGUACACCAUCCUCAAGUACUUUGGCGUCUCUGAGAAGUGGCUUGGUUUCUUCAAGAGGUUCCUCGAAGCUCCUCUGAAGUUUGUCGAUGACGAAGAUGUGACUCCACGCCAGCGCCGACGAGGAGCACCGACUUCACAUGUGCUCAGCGAUGUCUUUGGAGAGACGGUUCUGUUCUGUCUGGACUUUGCUGUCAACCAGUCCACUUCUGGAAACAGACUCUGGAGGGUCAAGGACGACGUUUGGUUCUGGACCCACGAUCACAAGUUGGCUGUCAAGACGUGGGAAGUCCUGGACGAGUUCAAAGCCAUCACGGGUACAGAGAUCAACCAUGCAAAGAGCGGUACCAUCCGUGUCGCCAAGAACCGCGACAUGACGCUCGCCAUCGACGAGUCCCUCCCCGAAGGCGAGAUUCGCUGGGGCUUCCUCCGUCUAUCGCCGCAGACGGGAAGGUUCGAGAUUGACCAGAAGAUGGUGGACGCCCACAUUGAUGAGCUUCACAAGCAGCUUCAUGACAAGCGCAAGAGCAUUCUCGCCUUCAUUCAGACUUGGAACUCGUACGCUGCGACAUUCUUCACGUCCAACUUUGGCAAGGCGGCAAAUUGCUUUGGUCGAGAGCACGUGGACAACAUGCUCUCUACCCAUGAGCGGAUUCAGAGACAAGUCUUUUCCAAGCUGUCGGGAGACGGCGAGGAAAAGGUGUCCAGUGUUGCUGAGUAUCUGAAGAGGGAGAUGAGCCGACGCUUUGGCAUCGAGAACAUCCCUAACGGGUUCCUCUACUUCCCUGUCGACCUCGGAGGUCUCGACCUACAGUCUCCUUUCGUUUCGCUACUUCAGAUCCGCGAGCAGGUGUACAAGUCUCCCCUGGACCCCGUCAUCGCCUUUGAAGAAGCAGAAAUCGAGUCGUACAAACGUGCCGAAAAAGCCUUCCUCAACGGAAGCAUCAACAACGAACGCUACUCCCUCGAUGACCCAGACUGGAAGCCCAAGUCAGAACACGACCAAGAAAACUUCAUGCCAUUCGAAGAGUACAUCCGCUACAGAGAAGAUUUCGAGUUCAACCAUUACCGCAGGAGCAAGAAGCUGCGCAGCGUGUUCCGUCGGCUGAUGACGCGUCCCCAGGAGAAGAGCAUCGACAAGGACGAUGGAAAGGUGUGCUUGGCUCUUGAUAAUGUAAGCGGCAUGUCCAAGAUUCGCAGCUGGCACAGUAUGGAGCCGUAUUGGAGGUGGGUGGCCAUGGUGUACGGGCCAGAGAUUGUUGACCGCUUUGGGGAGUUGAAUAUUGUUGAUUCGGGGCUUUUGCCGAUGGGCAUGGUCAGUGUGUUCAGGAACAAACGUGUCAAGUGGUAG